AUGAUGCUACUCAUUGUUUUAUUGUAAACAACUCAUCAAACUCUCAUUUAUUAGUUUCAUGCAAAUUCUACCAUAAGAGAUUGUAAUUUCUUUUAUUUAAUUUUAGAAUGGCAAGAUUAUUUUAAUAAUGUUAAUUUCAAUACUUGUGGAGGGAUUCAAUAUUUUGGGAAAUCUAGUACAAGUAGUUGGAGUGAUAUUAGCAGAAUAUUUUUAGAUCUAGAAUCUCAUUCUCAUAUUAUUGUGGAUGCAGAAUUUCUUAGGUAAUUAUUUUCAUUAUAACAAAAGGAUUGAUGACAAUUAUUCACCUUCAUAUUAAUUUUUAAUAGAUGAAAAAUCUAUCAGUCAUUAAUCAGCGAUAUCAUCUUAAAUUUGUGGUAAUACGCAACUCGAAAAUGUAUAUACUAUUUCUAUAACUCUUUAACAUAAUAGAAGAACUGUUUGGAUAUGGGCUAACUAUCUUGGAGGAGGAUUAAUAUCAUUAAGAUUAAGUAUUAUUAAAUGUUAGUAUGAAUGUGCUGGAUGCAUAGAGAAUUAUCGUACAAUCUACUUAUAAUGGAAACUGCAUUAAUAUUCUUUUAAUUAGAAAUUAAUCACAAACUCUGAUGGAUGGACUUUUUUAUCAUCUUCUAAUUAUUAUACUUAUUUCAAAUGUGGAAAUUGUUAAUUUUUGAGAUUUAAAGAACUUAAAUAUUCUACUUAAUUACCUCCUCAUUAAGAUGUAUUAAUAAGAUUUUUUAAAAUAUAGGGUACAAUAAUAAUAGUAGACUUUUUAUAUGGUAAAUAUACAACUAGUUCUGGCAAUUAAUAAGUAGAAAUAUUAAUAAGAAAUCAUAAUGAUCCUAUAUUAUUAUUAAAUAUUAAAACUAUACUAAUUUUAUAAUAUAGUUUAAUAAGAGACUUUGAAGUAUUUUACACUUAAGCAGAAAUAAUUUUUAAUAAGUUGAAUGAAGGUAAUUAGAUGAUAAAUGUUUAAUUUGUUAAGAAGGUUGGAUUUAAGAUGAAUUUCUAGAAAAUUGUCAUCCAAUUUGUGGUGAUGGAAUAAUUCAAGGUUAAGAACAAUGUGAUGAUGGUAAUCUAAUAUCAAAUCAUUCUUGUUAUUUAUGUAAAUAUUCAUGUUAACAAUUUUGUUUAAUUUGCUAAUUUGGAAUUUGUUUAUAAUGUUAAGAUGGAUUUAUUAUUAAUGCUAAUUUUAAUUGUGAGCCUUUAUGUGGGGAUAGUAAUUUAAUUCCUUAUUCAACUGAAUAAUGUGAACUGGGAGUUAAUGGGGUAUGGGAUGAUUGUUAAGAAUGCCGAUUUAUAUCAAUUGAAAAUUGUAAAUCAAACUACUUUACAAUUUGCUUAGAAUGUGAAAUUGGAUUUUAAAUCUAAGAAAAUAUGUGCUUACCUUUUUGUGGAGAUAAAUUAAUUCUUGAUUAAUAUGAGGAUUGUGAUGAUGGUAAUUUGCAACCUUAUGAUGGUUGUUUUAAUUGCAAAUUUCAAUGCAUUGAAGAUUGCAACAUUUGUGAAAGAGGAUAAUGCAUAUUAAAAUGUGAAAAUGGGUAUGAAUUUGUCAAUAACAGUUGUCUUUCUGUUUGUGGUGAUCAAAUUAUUACAAAAGAAGAGGAUUGCGAUGAUGGUAAUUUGGAACCCUAUGAUGGUUGUUUUAAUUGCAAGUAUUCUUGUCCGGAAAAUUGCUUUGAUUGCUAUUAAGGUACUUGUUUAGAGUGUAAUUACCAAUACUAAUUACUAAUUUCAAAUUAAUGCAAAUAGUAAUUAAAUUGUGGAGAUGGAUUACUUUAAGAAUAAGAAGAUUGUGAUGAUGGAAAUUAUUAAGCAGCUGAUGGAUGCAAGGAUUGUUUUAUUGAAUUAAAUUGGAUAUGUAUUACAAUGACAAGAGAUUCCCUGAGCUAAUGCACAUUUGUCAAAGCUCCAAACUUAGAAAUUAAUUAUCUCAAUAUGACUUAAAAUAAAUAGUAUAUAAGCAUUUAAUUUAAUUAAAAAGUAAAAAUUUAUACAGCUUAGCCCUUAUCAGAAACAAUAAAUUUUGAAAUAUCAAAUAUAGAUUAGAAGAACUGGAAUAGCAGCUUAUAUAUUAUAUAGGAUGUGGGAUCAGAUGUAAGUUUUGGAGAAUUUAUUGUUUAAAUAGAAAUAUAAUAAUUACUUGAAUUUAGGCCAGUCUUGAAAAUUAAAGUAAAUUAGACUGUUGCUAAUAUAGAUGAUGCUAUUUUGUAUAAUGUUGAAAAAUCAAUAACAUUGCAAUAUCCAAAAUUUCUUGAUGAGAAACAGAAGGACUAUUCUUAAAAUUUGAAAAAUCUUAAUAAAUAUGUAAUUUAUAGUUUGUCUGGAGUUACUGGCUUAAGUCUAAUAUUAGGAAAUGGGGAUUUGUUUGUUGAAAUUAUGGCAAUUCUUUAAUUCUAGCAAUACUUAAGAUACAUUAACUUGUAAUAUCCAGAAAAUCUAGAGAUUUAUUUUACUUUUAAUGAUAUGAUAACUAUUCAACCUCUACUGGAUUUUAUGUAUUUUCCUAAUUUUUUUAAGUUUAUUGAAAUCUAGUAAAAUUAAGAAUAUUCUGAUGGAAAAUUUAAUGUGUACAAAUAAAGCUCUAACUUGAUCAUCAACCUUUCAUGCCAAAUAUUUUAGUUGUUAAUAUUUUUAUUCUUUAUUUUAUUAUUUCAAUGGAUUAAAAAGGUUUUGUACAAAUGGAUAUUUUGUUCAAGGUACUUUUACUAUAUGUCAUCAUUAUCAUUAUAUAUUAAUCCAAAAGUAAUUUUUCAGUUUAGUUAAUCCUUUUAUAACAUUUGCAUGGAAUUACUUAAAUUAAAAAGAUUUAUGUCUUUUUAAGGAUUAUAAAAAGUCUUAUUUCUUAAUGGUUGGGAUAUGAUAUUUAAAACAUUAUUGUAUACACGAAACAUGUAAAACAAAAAUUACUUAGAUAUUGUAUAAAUUAUUAUCGCAAGCAUCAUACUUAUUCUUUAUUUUACCAUUUUCCUAAAUUUUUUCAAAGGUAAAUCAAAAUUAUCAAAGAAAAACACCUACUAAAUGUUUGAAAUAUUAAAUCUUUGUAGAUAAUUUUUCUUUUUAUUAUUUUUGAUUUAUGUUUAAAGUUCCCAAAUACUUUAAUUAUAAUUACUCCUUAUUACAAGCAUACUUUAGAUUGGAUUCAUAUUUAAUUAUCGUUGUAUUUUUAAUUAAAAAAAUUAUAUUGUUUAAAUGGUGGUUGAGAUAUCAGUAUUAACUUUUAUCCUUAGUUCAUUCUUAUACAUCUAAGAGUUUAAUAAAUAUUUUAAUGAAGAGAAAAAAAUUUUAUUGGGAUGGAUUUAAGCAAUAAUACUAUCUAAAGGUAUUAUUAUAGAAUUAAUUUGGGUCAGCAAAAAUUUAUUAUAAAAAUUGAUAAAGAAAAAUAGCAUAAUUUAAAAAAUUCUGAAUAAUCCAUUGUUUUCAUGA